AUGAACCUCCUUCCCCCCGCCCCCGACAUCUCAGUGCCGGCCAAGCCGCUGUUCUUCAUCGGCUACACCGUGUCCAUCCUCUGCACCGUGCCGGGCCCAGCAAACCAGGACUGGAUCCAAGGGUUUCGCUUCUUCAGGACGUCUGGUUCGGUCAUCGACGUCCGGACGUCCAAGAGGAGUUUUGUCCGCACCUUCAACAUCACCGACCCGCAAGAUGGCGGCUUCCACACCUGCUCCUACAUCAUGCUCCGGUGUGGUGGCAGCCAUGUCAGCUCCCUGCCCAGCCAGGCCAUGCUCAUCAAUGUCCAAGAUCGCCCAACCCAACCCAACUUGACGGUGACGCCCUCCAGCAUCACCGUGGAAGGGCAGCCCCUCGUCUUCCUCUGCGCAGUGCACGCCGAGCGGAGAUUUGGGUUCUUCCAGGACGAGCUCGAGUUCACGAACAGGAUCCAGGAAGGUUCUGGAGCCGCUGGCGUCCGGCUGCAGGUGGAGAAGACCGGCCGCAACAGGACCGGGAACUUCAGCUGCCGCUACGAGAUGACCAAGGGGCGCUGGAUCAUGUCCUACCCCAGCGAUUCCAUCCAGGUCAUCGUUGAAGAUCCGUGUCUGGCCCCCGUCCUGUCUGUGGAGCCGUCCUCGGGCGUGGUGGCCGUGGGCCACCGGCUGCAGCUGAGCUGCGCCGUGCCCCCGUGCCGAUUCCGGCAGUGCUUCGGGUUCAAACGUGAUGGCACCGAGGUGAUGCCAAACACUGGUGACAUCAUUGGUGACAUCAUCACCUGGGAUGGGUCUGAGCUGAUCUUUCUGAAUAUUUCCCAAAAUUUCACCGGGAAUUUCAGCUGCCUGGUGGAGGAGGAUGUGGGCAGGGCCUGGCUGGAGGCUCCGCCCAGCCAGGGCGUGCCCGUGGUGUUG